AUGCAGGUUCCCUCUGUUCACGAACAAGAGCUGGAGAAACUUUGCCUUGAAAAUUUGUCGCUGGCUAUCAAGCGCUACGAGGAAGUUCGAGAAUAUGAAAUUGUAGAUGUUUCGUGCACAAUACCAACAAGGAAUGACAGAAGCUGUGAAAAGAAUAGCGGCAACCGUCUCUCUCCAGAAGACACAUUUUCAACAUGGAGUGCAAACACAUCACAACUGCUCUCGGAAGACGGAUCUCUUGGAUUUGGAUCAUACUGCUGUUUCUCUAGCCAGUCAUCAUCAAUCACCUCUUCGCUACCGACGGUUUAUCCUUACCCGUUACGAUCAUUGUCGUCCUGCAGUAUCCAAGACACAGAAGGCCUAGACGAAUUUCCUGAGAAUUUCGUGUGUAAGAAUUUACCACCAGUUGAAGAAGAGCUGCCUAUAACACCACCACUCAACAAGAGAAGCGAAGGAAGACGUGCACAACGUCCGAAAGGAAAGAAUGCAAAUAAGACACAACAAGUAGAUCAACGAACCACAAGGCGCAAAAUCAAGGUUUUACCUGCGCGUUCACCGAAAGAAAUUGCAAAGAAGAGAACUCGCCCAAUGCUCCCUAGGGAAGCAAAGAGACGCAAGUGA